UGUACGUCAUGGAUUUGCCUAAAACGAAAACGCCUACCUCUGUAGCGGUGGACUGGGAGUUGGUGUCCAUUUUAUUUUGAAUUUGCAACACUAAAUAGUACGGUUAUUACGUCUUACUGGCCUGAAAACCAUUAAAGAGGGGGUAACGUGAUCUACUCCUGUUAAGUGUCCCGAGAUGAGCAGUUCAGAGGAAGUGUCAUGGAUCUCCUGGUUUUGUGGACUGAGGGGAAACGAGUUUUUCUGCGAGGUGGAUGAGGACUACAUCCAGGACAAGUUCAACCUGACUGGGCUCAAUGAGCAGGUUCCCCACUACCGCCAGGCCCUAGACAUGAUCCUGGACCUAGAACCAGGUCAGCUCAACUCCAGAACCAUCUCUACUGCGCUCAGAAAUGAGGAGCUGGAGGACAACCCCAAUCAGAGUGACCUGAUUGAGCAGGCAGCUGAGAUGCUCUAUGGGCUGAUCCAUGCCCGCUACAUCCUCACUAACAGGGGCAUCGCUCAGAUGUUGGAGAAGUAUCAGCAGGGGGACUUUGGCUACUGCCCCCGUGUCUACUGUGAAAACCAACCUAUGCUGCCCAUUGGCCUAUCGGACAUCCCAGGCGAGGCUAUGGUGAAGCUGUAUUGUCCCAAGUGUAUGGACGUGUACACACCCAAAUCAUCCCGGCACCACCACACAGAUGGGGCUUACUUUGGCACAGGAUUCCCCCACAUGCUCUUCAUGGUGCACCCUGAGUACAGGCCCAAGAGACCAGCCAACCAGUUUGUGCCCAGGCUCUAUGGAUUCAAGAUCCACCCAAUGGCCUACCAGCUCCAGCUGCAAGCAGCCUCCAGCUUCAAGAGCCCUGUCAAAGCCAUCCGUUAAAGAGAAGGAGGGAGAAGGGAAGGAUGAGAGGAUGAUUAGGAGGGGAGGGCUCAUCUGCCCAAGGCUCCGUACAGAUACUUUCUCCCUGUCCUGCAGACUGUAUUAUUUGGUGUAGAUUAGGUGGACUGUUGAGAACAAUGUAUAAAAAUUGAGUGUGAGCAAGACAAUACACACAUUCUCUUAGGAUUCCAUGUAUCUGUUUUACCAAACUUACCUGUGCCAAAACAGGACGGGGGGGUAGAAAGUCCAUGGAUGUUAUAGGAUGUUGACGCUGCUGUUUCUUCCCCCCCUCAUAAACUCUCUCCACUUGUUUUCUGUCCUCUUUUGGUGAAGUUUGGUAAAGAGCCAUGAUAGACCACCCCCCCCCCCCAAUCUGUUCUGCCCUCGUAUGCAUGUACACUGGCUGCCACCCACAGAGACGGCGUGGUUGACGAUAAGGACGAAGUCUGACUGUAAGUGUGUUGCCAUUUCACUGGCUACUGUAAACAAUGUAAUUAUUUGGCUUGUAUCAGUCAUUUGUAUAAUGCACACUGAGGCCAGUGUGUCAGGGGGGGGUUCAUUCACAGUAUAAAAUAUUCUGUCACCUUUGCCUUAAAAAAACAGGUUAUUAAGGUUACAGUUGCCGUGAUUUGCGGUUUACAGGAAGGGCAUGUUUAAGACCUAUAAUUUCAAAUUUGUACACAUUCCGGUUGACGUUAAUAAACCUGCAGUGAAUACAGUGUUCCAGAAUAAACCGGACAAGAUGUCAUUAUAACCUACCUGCUGUCUCUGUGUGUGCCACCCUAAACAAGUCCUGUUUGUCCUGAUAUGGUACAGUGACAAUGUCUCAGUUACCAUCACACGUUGCUGAGCCAUUAUCAACACAAAGGGACACCUCUUCCCAAAUGCACUGACUUGAUUGGUGGCCUACCACUCACAGUUGGAUAUUUAUGUGACCGAAAAUCUGCAUUUACUUUAGGGAGACAUCUUUUUAUUUGUGUGAGGUAGUUUUCAUGUCACCCUAUUGUACUUUUGAGUGCUUGUGGCAAAAAGUUGAAUGCUUGAUCUAUGUUUUGAAUCCAGAACGAAAGGAUAGAUUUGGCAAGAUUAUAAUUAAUGUAUGUCUUAUUUUAUUUUUUUGCAACUGUGGAAGAGUGACAAGGAUUCUGACUUCUCAAUAAACUUUUUUUUUUUCUUUU